AUGGAUGAUGAGAGGGGUUUGUUAAGGAGCCCAGAUCCUCCGGAUAUGGGAUUUGAGUCUGAAAAUGAUACAUCCAACAAUGCAGGAAGCUUGGAGAUUUAUGCUCUGGGUUCUGAUAUUAAGCAUCGAUUAGAUGUUGUUUGUGCAGAUAUUGUUAAUCCCUCAG